GGCCAUGGCAGGAGCCGGAGGCGGCGGCUGCCCCGCGGGCGGCAACGACUUCCAGUGGUGCUUCUCGCAGGUGAAGGGCGCUGUCGACGAGGACGUGGCGGAAGCUGACAUCAUCUCUACUGUUGAGUUUAACUACUCUGGAGAUCUUCUUGCAACAGGAGACAAGGGUGGCAGAGUUGUUAUUUUUCAGCGGGAACAAGAGAAUAAAAGUCGCCCCCAUUCUAGGGGAGAAUAUAAUGUUUACAGUACCUUUCAAAGUCAUGAACCAGAAUUUGACUAUCUGAAAAGUCUAGAAAUUGAGGAAAAAAUAAAUAAAAUCAGGUGGUUACCACAGCAAAAUGCUGCUCACUUUCUACUCUCUACAAAUGAUAAAACUAUUAAAUUAUGGAAAAUAAGUGAACGGGAUAAGAGAGCAGAGGGUUACAACCUGAAGGAUGAAGAUGGACGGCUUCGAGACCCCUUUAGAGUCACAGCACUGCGGGUUCCAAUACUGAAGCCCAUGGACCUUAUGGUAGAAGCAAGUCCACGACGGAUUUUUGCAAAUGCUCACACGUAUCACAUAAAUUCCAUUUCAGUCAAUAGUGAUCAUGAAACGUAUCUCUCUGCAGAUGACCUGAGAAUUAACCUAUGGCAUUUAGAAAUCACAGAUAGAAGCUUCAACAUUGUGGACAUCAAGCCUGCUAACAUGGAGGAGCUGACAGAAGUCAUCACUGCCGCCGAGUUCCACCCUCACCAGUGCAAUGUGUUUGUCUACAGCAGCAGCAAGGGAACCAUCCGCCUGUGUGACAUGCGCUCCUCUGCUCUUUGUGACAGGCACUCCAAGUUUUUUGAAGAGCCCGAAGACCCCAGCAGUAGGUCCUUCUUCUCAGAAAUUAUCUCGUCCAUAUCUGACGUCAAGUUCAGCCACAGUGGUCGGUACAUGAUGACCAGGGACUAUCUGUCAGUGAAGGUCUGGGACCUCAACAUGGAAGGCAGGCCUGUGGAGACCCACCAAGUGCAUGAGUACCUGCGAAGCAAGCUCUGCUCCCUCUAUGAGAAUGACUGCAUCUUUGACAAGUUCGAGUGUUGUUGGAAUGGUUCGGACAGUGCUAUUAUGACGGGGUCUUACAACAACUUCUUCAGAAUGUUUGAUAGAAACACUCGGAGGGAUGUCACCUUGGAAGCCUCGAGAGAGAACAGCAAACCCCGAGCCAGCCUCAAGCCCCGGAAAGUGUGUACAGGUGGUAAGAGAAAGAAAGACGAGAUUAGCGUGGACAGUCUGGACUUCAAUAAGAAGAUACUCCACACAGCCUGGCACCCUGUGGAGAACAUUAUUGCUGUAGCUGCCACCAAUAACUUGUAUAUAUUCCAAGACAAAAUCAACUAAAGAAUCUAGUUGGAGGACCAAGUCUUGUCUUGCAUAGUUAAGCCAGUCGUUUUCUGUCAAAGGACAGGGGCUGUCUUCUCCAUUAAGAACAGUGAGACACUUCCUACUUCCUUCAUAGACACAGGAGAGAGGAAGCCUCCGCUGGAGUCCUGGCAUUGGCUCUGCCUUCAGCCUGGGAGAGACGGAUGCUGCUGCUCCAGGGGAAAGCCUGCUCGAGGCAGUAGGUGGACAUUGCUCAAUAGAGGCCAUUAUUCAGAAUCAAUGUAUUUAUUUAAGUCUGAGCCUUCCUUUCCAGUUUGUAGACCAAAAACUAACAUCUGAGAGAAAAGAUCUUCUUAAAUCUCUCCAGCACUUCCCUCUCUCCAAUCCCUGGGCCUUUACUUGGACAUGGUGUGGCCAUUGUCCAUGCUCCUUAGCCCAGGUGGACUGCUGCUCCGUUGGUGUGUGUAUACACCUGAGCGGAUUCAGGCAGCUUUCUUCGCCCGCUGUAUCUGCCAUUACACCGUCUGGUGUAGCCACUUAAUAAAAACAGCACACUAUAAAGUGUUUUUAAUCCCAAAAAAGUACCGUCUGGUUAUUUGCUUCAUAUCAUGAAUCUGCAGAUUUUAUUCUUCAGAAUAAAUUGGGAGGAAUGGUGGAAUUUAUGCAGGACCUCAGAUUCUAAAAUAACUCCCAAGUUGCCACUUGUUUCUCCAGAAACAGUCUCAUCUCCCCUGGGUGACAACUGGGACAGGCUAUCACUGAGUCCACGUCUGAGAGAAAAUGGCAGGGGAGAAUAAAAGUCGUGGAAUGACAUUAACACCUGGCUUAAAGUAGCAUACAUGCUUCUAAAAAGUACUUUAAACACUGCUAAAAUUCUAUGCAUGGUAAAUUUCAAGCUGCAUUUCAGCAAGCAGAAUUAACCUUAGGGAGGAUGUGAUAUUCUAGUCCCUGGGUUGUUUCUUUUGAAAGUUUUAGCUAUCAGAAAUCAAAAUCUCCUAACAAAAAUUACAAAGAAUAAUACCCCUGCCAGUGACGAGAGCUUGCUUCCCCGGGGUUUCACGUGGGCUAGGCACUGCUGGAGUGACCAGGGCGCAUUCCGCGUCCUAACGGUGCAGCUGUGCAAGGCCAGAACGCUUCUCACCCUUCGUGCUGUCAGAACGCCACUCACGUUACCUCUCACUGCGGUACCAGUCAAGAACCAAAACGUGUCUCUUAAAAGUAAUUUCAAUUAAAACUUAAAAGUAAUUUUUACACUGUGUUGGUUGUGCUACAGUUGACAUCUGAGAUUGGAAGUUACUCAAGUCUUGGCCUAGCUGUACGUGCCAACUAUUCUGAACAAAAACCUUAAUAAAUACUAAAAUGUUUAAAUGGA